AGUUCGCAGCCCCGGGCGGGAUGUGGGCUUGCGGUUCCCAGGAGCAGCUAUGGGGUCCCGAGCCUGAGUAGAGGGACACAUGUGGACGGAGCGUGGAGCCGAAUGAGGGUCCCGGCUGGGGAGGGGCGUGGAGAGUCAGAGGUCAUGGACCGGCGCCCAGCCGUUUGGAUGCAGUUAGUUGAAGGCUUUGCGCUGUGCCGAGACGCCGUCUGGUGUGGCAUCUCGGGGGGCGGGGAUGACCUCUCGUUCCUGAGCCUGACGGAGCCUCUAACUGCAGCUUUAGGGCUUUGGGGAGCCUGGGUCAAGUCCUGCGGGCAUCCCGUCCGCCCCCCUGCCUUCAUUCAGGGCUGGGCCUCGGAAGCUUUUUGCUCACCCCUCCCCUCUGCUUAUCUCGCCUGCCCCCAGGGACAUCUUGGGUGCAGACUACAGUCAAUAAGUGAAGGAGCCUCCUGAUCCUGGCCUGGAUACCAGCACUUACCAGAAUGGAGUUCUGAGUUCUGGUCGUCACUAUAUUCUCAGUACCCAGUUCUGACGUUGCACGUCUACCUGCAACACUGACGAGGAAGCUGGAAACUGCUCAACUGCAAAAUCUCCCAGGGGCUUCCAAGGCGAGUCACGGAGUCCCUUUCGCCGGAAGCGGAAGUGCGUGUCGGCGGGAUCAUGGCGACGUUUGCGGACUUGCCGGACUCUGUCCUGUUGGAGAUCUUCUCUUACCUCCCGGUUCGGGACAGGAUCCGCAUCUCCAGGGUCUGUCACCGCUGGAAGAGGCUGGUGGACGACCGGUGGCUGUGGCGACAUGUCGACCUGACGCUCUACACGAUGCGGCCUAAAGUCAUGUGGCACCUCCUUCGCCGGUACAUGGCAUCCCGGCUCCAUUCCCUGCGGAUGGGCGGCUACCUGUUCUCGGGCUCCCAGGCUCCCCAGCUGUCCCCCGCCCUGAUGAGGGCCCUGGGCCAGAAGUGCCCCAACCUCAAGCGCCUCUGCCUGCACGUGGCCAACCUGAGCAUGGUGCCCAUCACCAGCCUCCCCUGCACCCUGAGGACCCUGGAGCUGCACAGCUGUGAGAUCUCCAUGGCCUGGCUCCUCAAAGAGCAGGACCCCACCGUGCUGCCCCUGCUCGAGUGCAUCGUGCUGGACCGCGUCCCCGCCUUCCGCGACGAGCACCUGCAGGGCCUGACGCGCUUCCGCGCGCUGCGCUCGCUGGUGCUGGGCGGCACCUACCGGGUGACCGAGACCGGGCUGGAUAUGGGCCUGCAGGAGCUGAGCUACCUGCAGAGGCUGGAGGUGCUGGGCUGCACCCUCUCGGCCGACAGCACCCUCCUGGCCGUCAGCCGCCACCUCCGAGAUGUGCGGAAGAUCCGGCUGACCGUGAGGGGCCUCUCGGCCCCUGGCCUGUCGGUCCUGGAGGGCAUGCCGGCCCUGGAGAGUCUCUGCCUGCUGGGACCGCUCAUCACCCCAGAAAUGCCUUCCCCGCAUGAAAUCCUCUCCUCCUGCCUCACCAUGCCCAAGCUCAGGGUCCUUGAGCUGCAGGGGCUGGGCUGGGAGGGCCAGGAGGCGGAGAGGAUCCUGUCUAAGGGGCUACCCCACUGUAUGGUCAUUGUCAGGGCCUGCCCCAAAGAGUCCAUGGACUGGUGGAUGUGACCGUGCCAGCCGACCCUGAGACCCCUCUCAGCUUUUAUUAAUGAGUCCCAGACCCUCUGAGCAGCACCUUACCAUGGGCAGGUAAUCAGGCUGGAGAGGUAUGAAGGCCACAGGUAGGGAGAACCCAAGCCUUGGCUCCUUCAGAUCAUUGGAAUCAUGGUUUGCCAGCUGUGUGGCCUCUGUGACAUCAGCCAGCCUCUCGGAGGCCCUGUCCUCACCUCCAGAAAUGAGGAAGACCAUAGCUACCUCUCGGUUAUGUUGCAAAGCCUUACUCUUUACUGCCAGCCCUGAGGUCUGAGAAGGUCCUCGAUGAAGAGCCAUUCUCAGGAACAGGACAGAUGUGGAAGGGUGGGUUAGGAGUUAGGGAGACCUGAGGGGCCAAGGCCCCUUAGGAAGCCUAGAAGGGCUGUCAACGCACGUGCACCAGCACACUGACACAUCAUUGACAUGCCGACACACCACUGACACGCCGACACACCAUUGAUAGUCCUACAUGCACGCAGGAGACACGGAGAGAAGGGCAGAUACAACUCAUGCUUUGAUGAUCGAAAUGUUAAUAAAGGUUCUCAGUUGUCCUUUCAGUAUUUUGUAUUCUGGAUUUUCCAAGUUUUCCACAAUAUAUAUUAUUUUGCUAUUAAAGAAAAAUCAUCAUGUUUUUCAAAAAAGCAUUUGGUUUAUUCAUUCAACAAAUGUGUCUUCAGCCUCCGCUCUUUUGCAAGCAUGGUUCUAGGCACUGGGACCACAGCAGUGAACAAAACACACAAGGAAGAAGGCAGGAUGAUAAACAGGUGAACACAUGCAUGGAACAGUUUCAGAGACUCUGAGACAAUAAACCAGGGCCACGUGAUGGAGGCACACGUGUUUGGUUGAGUGGGCAGGGUGGGCCUCUCUGAGCCGAGAGCUGAGAGGUGAGGAACCAGCCCCGGGAAGCGCUGGGGAAGACAGGAAAGGCAAAGACUUGAGAUGGGCGUGAGCUUGGCAAUUUCCAGGGAUGGGAAGAAGGUCCAAGUGGCCGAGGGAACAAGGGGUGAGCAAUCAAAAGUGAAGUCAGAUGAUGGGGAGAGGUUGGAAGGGCCUCACAGGUGGCUUUGGUUUUAGGGGUUCAAAAGGUAGCAACUCCUUUUCCUGCCCUUUGAGUCUGAAGCACUUGAAAGAUGCAGGUGGCAGACUGAUAGUGAUCCUAAGUGCCCACCCAUGAAAUGAGCGUCA